GUUGCGAAUCGCGGAAGGUCGCGCGUUACGUCGACGUCACCGUCGGGAGAGGAGUUGCGACCGACCAAUUCUCGCGCGCGAUCCUGAUUGUAGCUCAAAUGUGGGCGAGACGUGUGAUGUUGACAGUGGGAUUGGCUCCAACAUAUUUCCACUGAUUACUAUUAACGUAUACAUCUGCUGGAAUAGUAACCCAAAAGUGAUUCGACUGUGAUAGUUUGGUGCUUACAUUAAGUAGUGUAUUAAGAGUGCUGUGAACAGCCUGAUAGGAAUUGAGGAUUAUAUCAAAACGUUCAACAUGGAUCCCAGAUAUCGUCAUCAGCAUCAUCGGUACGACACUUCUCAGUGCUGUGCCAUGAGCCCACCACCACAUCAGCAACAGCAGUACCAUUAUCCUCCUCAGGGAGUGCACUUUAGGAACCGUCUCUACAGAGUUACAGAAUAUCCCGAAAGCUAUGGGAAGAAAUCUCUUGGAAGACCUCUUGCCUUAACAGCACGGAAAAAACGGGCAAUUUUCAUAUCAAAAGGAAUAAAAUUAAAGGCAUCUCUAAACACGGCGCAUAAAGAACGGCCCGUGAACAUGUUCAAUGGUAAGACCAAUGGAAGGAAACCCUGUUUACCGAUGAAAAACUCAAUGUUGCCGGUCCUGAUGGAUCAGCUCACUACUAUGAUGACAUAUUUGAAGAAGAAAAAAUCUUUUCUGAAAGACAAAUGGGGUAAGCAGCGUUAUGAUAUGGGGUGGCAUUGGUUAUGA